AUGUCAUUUCAGGACUUGGUGACAUUUGAGGAUGUGGCUGUAGACUUCUCCCAAGAGGAGUGGGAGUGGCUGAGCUCUGCUCAGCGGCAUCUGUACAGAAAGGUGAUGUUGGAGAACUACAGGAACCUGGUGUUGCUGGGACUUUGUGUUUCUAAGCCUGAUGUGAUUUCCUCACUGGAACAAGGAAAAGAGCCCUGGACAGUGAAGAGAAAGACAAGAGGCCAGUGCCCAGACUUGAAGGCUGUGCAGGAGACCAAGAAGUUAACUCUUAAGAAAGACUUCUGUGAAGAAAAAUUAUCCCAGGCACCGAUAACAGAGAAACUUGCAAAUUAUAGUCUGGAGUACUCUAUAUUGGGGGAAAACUGGGAUUAUGAUGCUCUGUUUGAGACACAGCCGGUCUUGGUGACCAUCAAAAACAUGGCUGUCAACUUCUCCCAGCAACUAGACCCAGGUCAGAAGAGUUUCUGUAAGAACAGGAUACUGGAGAACUGUAACGACCUGGGGUCAGUAGGACAUCAUGUGUCUAAGCCAGAUUUAGUCUGUUUACUGGAGCAAGGGAAGGACUCCUGGAUGGUGAAACGAGAGCUGACGGGAGGCCUGUUCUCAGGCAAGCAAUCUGUACACGAGACCCAGGAAUUAUUUCCAAAACAGGAGUCAUAUGCUGAAAGAGUAAUGGAUAGAACUUCCAACACUAAACUUGAGAGUUCUACUUUCAGAGAAAAUUGGAAUUCUGAGUGUGUGUUUGAAAGGACGCUGGUAGAUCAACAGACACAAUUCAGGCAAGCCCCAAUUACUCGGAAUAAAACCUGUAAAGAAAGAGAGCAUGUGUAUAACAAAUCUGGAAGAUGGGUUUUUUUUAAUGAUUCAGAAGAGAGAGUUCAAAAUUGUGAUUCAAUUAAAAGUUUCCCAAAAAAUUCAAGGGCAAUAAAACAAACAGCCAUCUAUGCAGGAAAAAAACUUUUCAAAUGUAAUGAUUGUAAGAAAACUUUUACCCAGAGCUCAUCCCUUACUGUUCAUCAGCGAAUUCACACUGGAGAGAAACCUUAUAAGUGUAAUGAAUGUGGAAAGGCAUUUAGUGAUGGCUCAUCUUUUGCACGACAUCAGAGAUGUCACACUGGCAAGAAACCCUAUGAGUGCAUUGAGUGUGGGAAAGCUUUCAUACAGAACACAUCCCUUAUUCGUCACUGGAGAUACUAUCACACUGGGGAGAAGCCCUUUGAUUGCAUUGACUGUGGGAAAGCCUUCAGUGACCACAUAGGGCUUAAUCAACAUAGGAGAAUCCAUACUGGAGAGAAACCUUACAAGUGUGAUGUGUGUCACAAAUCUUUCAGGUAUGGCUCAUCCCUUACUGUACAUCAAAGAAUUCAUACUGGAGAAAAACCAUAUGAAUGUGAUGUUUGCAGAAAAGCCUUCAGCCAUCAUGCAUCACUCACUCAACAUCAAAGAGUACAUUCUGGGGAAAAGCCUUUCAAAUGUAAAGAAUGUGGAAAAGCUUUUAGGCAGAAUAUACACCUUGCUAGUCAUUUGAGGAUUCAUACUGGGGAAAAACCCUUUGAAUGUGGGGAAUGUGGGAAAUCCUUCAGCAUCAGUUCUCAGCUUGCUACUCAUCAAAGAAUUCAUACUGGUGAGAAGCCCUAUGAAUGUAAGGUUUGUAGUAAAGCAUUCACCCAGAAGGCUCACCUUGCACAGCAUCAGAAAACUCACACAGGAGAGAAACCAUAUGAGUGUAAGGAAUGUGGGAAAGCCUUCAGCCAGACCACACACCUUAUUCAACAUCAGAGAGUCCACACUGGAGAGAAACCCUAUAAAUGUAUGGAAUGUGGGAAGGCCUUUGGUGAUAACUCAUCCUGUACUCAACAUCAGAGACUUCACACUGGCCAAAGACCUUAUGAAUGUAUUGAAUGUGGGAAGGCAUUCAAGACGAAGUCAUCCCUUAUUUGUCAUCGUAGAAGUCAUACUGGAGAGAAACCUUAUGAAUGUAGUGCAUGUGGCAAAGCCUUUAGUCAUCGUCAGUCCCUUAGUGUACAUCAGAGAAUUCAUUCUGGAAAGAAACCAUAUGAAUGUAAGGAAUGUCAGAAAACCUUUAUCCAAAUCGGACACCUUAAUCAACAUAAGAGAGUCCAUACUGGAGAGAGGUCCUACAACUAUAAGAAAAGCAGAAAAAUCUUCCGGCAGACUCUACACUUAGCUCAUCAUCAGCGAAUUCAUACUGGAGAGUCAUCAAAACAUCCUUCUUUACCUUCCACGUCAAAUCCUGUGGAUCUGUUUCCCAAAUUUCUCUGGAAUCCAUCCUCCCUCCCAUCACCAUAGUCUUAAGACAUCAUUUCAGCUCGACUACUCCAGUAGUUUAAAAACGUAUCUCCCUGCCAUUUUGUCUUUGCCCCUUACUAGUUUGUUAUUCAUGUUGCAGUCAGAUUAAUUUUUUUAAGUGUAAAUGUAAUUUAUUCAUUCCUCAUGAAAAACUUGUGGUUCUUUUAAAUUGGUCAAUGUGUAAGAUGUGCUCUGCACAGUGCCUGGUCCUAUACUAAGUGUUCCAUAAUUUUUGCUCUUAAAAAUGUUGUUUUUGAACAUUGAAAAGUUAUCAUAGUCUGAUUAAAACAGUGCAACAGGAUGAAGGUAGGAAAAAACAGAUUUUAGAUCAGGAACAGAAGUUCUCCAAGUAGGUGAUAUGACCCUGUUGGUCAGAAAAUUCCACUUUAAUAUACAUUUGACAACAAUCUUAGAAAGUCUAGGGGGCAGAAUGAAUGGCUAUCUGGAACAAAUGAAUUUAAAUGAUCAGAAAAUGCAAGAUUUAUGUGUAUACAGUUAAAACUGAGACAUUACUCAAGAAUUAAAAAACAUGGCAAGAUUAGAUCUGUUUAAAGUCACUUGGUUCAUGAUUGAAUUCUAUCAAGUUUUCAAGAAACAAUUAUCUGUAAGGUAAACUGAUCUAGAGUAGGGGUCAGUGAACUCUGACUUGUGAUCACAGUCUCACUGUUUUUGUAUAGUCCGUUAUCUAAAGUAUUUUUUCUUUUUCUAAUUUAUGUGGUUGAAAAAAGUGAAAGAACAUUUCCAGCAUUAAAAUUAUGUGAAAUUUAAAUUUUGGUGACUGUAAAUAAAGUUUUAUUAGGGCACAGCCAUACUCACUGAUUUACAUAUUGUCUGUAGCUGCUUCCGGGCUACAACAGCAGAGUUGAGUGGUGGUGACAGAUUGUGUAUCUUGCAACGCCCAAAAUACCUACUGUCUGACACUUCGCAGAAAAUGCUUGUGAUCCCUGCUGUAAAGCAGACAUCAGCAAACUACAGCUCAUGAGCCACAACCAAUCUGCUGCCUGUUUUUGUAAACAGUUUUAUCAAAUCACAGCUCAUUUGUUUACUUAUUGUUUAUAUCCACUAUAUACAACUGCAACAGAGAAUGCAUGGCUCACAAAGCUUCAAACAUUUACUGUCAUUUUUCAGAAAGCUAGCCAACCCCUACUCUAGUGUAAAGAAAAAUAUACAAAAGGUUCUGAUUUGAUGAGGGUAAUACAACUCUCACAUCAAAAACACUACAUGGGAAUUAUUUAUGAAUAGAAGUGAAAAAUUAUUAAGCUACAUUGAGAAAUAUAUAUGUCAAUAAACCGAGAAAUGAUAUUUUUCUAGAUGAAAUACUCAAUACUGUUAAAAUGGUUGUAAACUGGAAUUUUAAAGAGGCCCAGUAAGAUAUGUUUACUUACUUUGACACUUUAUUUGAAACAUGAGGAAGCAUAAUUAGGCAAGAAUAGGAAGGAAAUUUUUGAAAUAUUUUUCUUUGCCUGUGAGAGUUCAGUAUAUAAUAAGACUGGUAUUUCAAUAUUGAGGAAGCAAUGUUUAGAUAAUUGGUUAUCCACCUCUUAAAAAAAAUAGAAACACAUUUACACCUUACAGAGAAAUAUAAAACAAUUGUAUUUAGCAUCUCUGAUUAUGAAAUAAUAUGUUAGAGGUAAAUAGAAAAGAGGAAGCCUUGAUCAAGCAGGACAUGGAGUCCUAGAAGACAAAGGAAGAGAAUUAAGUUGGCCAGUGCAAAGAUUUAAAACUUCAGCAUGAUGGAAGGUGCCAAAAGCAUGUAAAAGAUGAUAGAAAACAUAUGCAACUUACAGAGAAGAAUAUGCCAGGUAGAAACAGAAUGCUCACUGACAUACAGAGCAAUGGGGGGAAAUUGGCAGAGUAUACCAACAGACAAGUAACCCUGAAUAAUUCAAAUGAACAAAGAAAAUGUGUGAAGUUAACCUAAUUAGAAGAAUAUAGAUGAAAACAAGUUAUCUAGGCUCUUAGGAUUAAAAUCUAAAAUUUGGAUAAUAUCCUGUGUUGGUAGUAGUGUGGGGAAACAGGUACUUGUUCAUCAUUAGCAAUGUAAAUCUGUCUUCCCUUUUGGAGGGCAAUAUAGCAUGACUUACCAACAUUAUAAAUUUUCAUUCCUUUUCAAACACUAAUUUCAGAUCUAGGAAUUUUAUCCCAUUGGAAUAAAUAGGUAGAUGUAAAUGACGUUUAUUAUAGAAUUGUUUUAGUUAUGGCUAGUAGGAAUUCAGUGUCCUGCCAAGCAGAUUGAUUAAAUUGUAGUUAUUCAGUACUGUGUGGUACAGUUAGUAGAAAGCAGUUAAGCUGUAUGUAUACUUAUGUGGAGAAUUACCCACAGUAUAUUUAAUGAAAUGUGUAGUUUUCAGAACCUUUUAUGUAAAGUGAUCUUGUAAUCGAAGUCAAAAUUAAUAUUGAAUAUAUAUGUGUGUAUAUAUACACACAUUCAACAUA